UUUUCUGUCGUUGGAUGCACGCGGCGCUGUCUCGCGUCGCCCGCGUCGGCGUCGGCUUCGGCUUCGGAGUCGUCGCGCGGGCGCCGCCGAUGAGUUCGUCGGCGUCGGCGGCGGCGGCGGGGAGGGGCAGGGGCGGGGCCAGGGACCCGAGCGAGAACCCCGCGGUGGGGCGGCUGCGGGAGCUCGUCCAGCGCGGCGACGAGGCAGAUGGCUGGGAGAAGUCCUGGGAGGCUGGAGUAACCCCGUGGGAUUUGGGGAAGCCAACACCUAUCAUCGAACAUCUCGUUAAAUCAGGAACUCUCCCAAAAGGAAGAGCGUUGGUUCCAGGAUGCGGCACGGGAUAUGAUGUGGUUGCUCUGGCAAGCCCUGAGCGAUUUGUUGUUGGCUUAGAUGUUUCUAGUACGGCUGUGGAGAAGGCUAAGCAGUGGUCAUCCGCUUUGCCAAAUGCAGACUAUUUUACUUUUCUGGCUGACGAUUUCUUCGAGUGGAAACCAAGUGAACGAUUUGAUCUUAUUUUCGAUUAUACGUUCUUUUGUGCGCUCCAUCCGAGCUUGAGGUUGGCUUGGGCAGAAACAGUUAGUCGCCUUCUAAAACCUGAUGGAGAGCUCAUCACCCUUAUAUAUUUGAUUGACAACAGUGCUGUGGAUCAACAUGGUAAGUUAUUUUCUACUCCGUGGCUGCUAUUGUGAUACAAUAUACAUAAAAGGGUAAUAGAGAAAUUUAUUAAAUUGUUUCUCUUCUUAUCUUGGUGUAAAUCAGUGAGAUAUUGCUCUAGUUAUCCUAAUCCAAGGGUUUUCAACAAGAAGUCAAACUCUCGCUGAUUUUUUAUUUGUAAAUCUUGCAUCUACAGAUAUUAGGACCUUUUAAUAUAAUCUGAAAAGUAGGAAUUGAUUUCAGCAAUUAGCUGAAGAUAUUUAUGCAUACUCCAGUGAUAUUAGAAACAGAGCUGCUAUAGUGACAACAUUCCAAUAUAUUUUGCUUCAUCCCUAUUGAGGCAGUUCUAUAACACAACAAAUACAACUAAUUUCAGGUUGUUGCUCUAAUAUACACCAUCUAUCGGGUGUAUGUAGAAGUAGUUAGGACUUAGGAGGCAGCAAUUUACUUUGGAUUUCACAAUACUGUUUUGUUCACCGUAAAGAGAAUUUGG